AUGCCAUUGCCUCUGGGGAAACGGGUCCUUUUUUCCAGUGUAGUGGUCAGUGGGAGCUGUGCCCUUACAUAUUACCUUAUACAAAAAGCUUUUUCCAGGGCUUCCUAUUACGAGCUGGUAUUGGAGCAGCUGCACAGCCACCCUGAGUCCCUGGAAGCUCUGUGCACUCCUCUCAACAUCCACUAUCUACACCUCACUGACAAGUACAACUUCGUGGAUAUUGCCAGUACCCAGUUGAAGAUUCCUGUCUCUGGAUUCAAGUCAGAGGGCCAUCUCUAUGUCAGCUCAUCCAGAGAUGCCCCCUUUCAGAGAUGGCACCUUCAGGAUGUCUUCUUAAAUCUCAAGGAUGGUUAG